GGAGCGAGGCGGUGGGCUGCGGACAGACUGCUGCGGUACACCUCUCUCUCUCUCUCUCUCUCUCUGGGAACGAUACGGUCACCUGCGGACCUUCUGAGUUUUGAUCUUGGGAGCUCACUCGAUCGCUGUCGAGGGAGGGAGGAGGAAGGAGUUAUGGGUUGCGCGCAGUCGAGGGUGGAUAACGAGGAGGCGGUGACGCGGUGCAAGGAACGGCGGCAGUGGAUGAAGGCGGCGGUGGCGGAGCGGAACGCCUUCGCGGCCGCGCACUCCGCCUACGCCGUCGCGCUCAAGAAUACCGGCGCCGCCCUCAGCGAGUUCGGCCAGGGCGAGGCCCACGACCCAGGCCCCUCCUCCUCCACUGCCACUACUGCCGCGGCGGUCCCCGGCCCCUCCGGUGGCGUCCCCCCGGCCGUCCAGCCGCCCAUCGACCCCCUCCCCCCGCCUCCGCCGCCGCUGCCGGAGUUCUCACCGUCCCCUAUCCAGCGCUCCAUAAGCAUGCCUGAUCUCCCCAAGAAGUUCCCCUCCAAGGCCCAGCCGAACGCCUCCAUCCGCGAGGACGAUGACGAGGGCGAGGAGGAGGCGGACGAGGAGGAAGAGGAAGACCGCGACGGCGGCCUCGAACACCGCCGCCGCCCUGCGGGAGCCGCUGCUGCCGCGAGCUCCCCUUCCCCGUCCCCCUCCCCGGCUCCGCCGCCGCCGCCUCCUCAGUCCAGCCCUCCGCCCCCGCCGAUGCCCGAGUCGAAGGCCAUGGAAACUUGGGAUUACUUCUUCUCCUCCAUGGACGACAACAUGCAGGGGCCAUCGCUGACCCCGGCAGACGAGAUCCGACCUGCGAGGGAGGACGCUUCGGAGGAUCGGUUCAAGACAUCAGCUCCGCCGCCUCCAGUCACCGAUCACCAUGUGGUCGAUGGCAAUGAUGAGCCGGUGACGCCCGAAAAGGUGGUCUUGGAGACUCCGCUGCCACCUAAGGUGCCGAGGAAGCCGAAGCAGGGAACGCAUGCGCAUCACCAGCACGCGGCGUCAGCACCAGCACUGGAUGCCAAAAGGGGGAAGAUGGUGCCGGUAGAUCGCCCCAGCAAUAAUCUCCUGAAGGUGCUCACAGAUCUUGAUGACCUUUUCCUCAAGGCGUCAGAGAGUACACAUGAAGUUUCCAAGAUGCUCGAGGCCACUAGAAUGCACUACCACUCCAAUUUUGCGGAUAGUAGAGGUCACAUAGAUCAUUCUGCCAGGGUCAUGCGUGUUAUUACAUGGAAUAGGUCAUUUAAAGGUAUGGCUGAUGCAGAUGGUGGUAAAGAUGAUUUUGACAAUGAUGAAUGGGAAACUCAUGCAACCGUGUUGGAUAAGAUCCUAGCAUGGGAGAAAAAGUUAUAUGAUGAAGUUAAGGCCGGUGAGCUUAUGAAAAUUGAGUACCAGAGGAAGGUUGCUUUACUGAAUAGGCAAAAGAAACGUGGUGUCAGUAGUGAAGCAUUGGAACGUACUAAAGCAGCUGUAAGCCAUUUACACACUAGAUACAUAGUUGAUAUGCAGUCAAUGGAUUCAACCGUGUCAGAAAUCGAACGCCUGCGUGAUAAACAGCUUUAUCCAAAACUAGUGGAGCUUGUUGAAGGGAUGGCCCAGAUGUGGUACGCAAUGUACAUGCACCACCAAGCCCAGCUGAAGAUAGUCGAGGGUCUUAAAUCCCUUGAUGUUACAAAUUCUCCAAGGGAGACAAGUGAACAUCAUCAUAAGCACACCUUUCAGCUGCUUGAAAUUGCCAAGGAGUGGCAUACACAAUUCAACAAACUUGUCAGCCAUCAGAAAGACUAUGUGGAGUCUCUGAAUAGUUGGUUGAAGUUGACUCUCAUCCCUAUCGAAAGCAGCUUGAAGGAGAAAGUGUCAUCUCCACAAAGGCCGGCUCAUGCCCCAAUUCAGUCUCUCCUGCAUGCAUGGCAUGAAUAUCUCGGAAAGCUUCCAGACGAGCUUGCAAAGAGUGCCAUCCUCAGCUUUUCAGCAGUCAUAAACACGAUAGUGACACUCCAACAGGAAGAGCGAAAGCAGAAAGAGAAGUGCGAGGAGGCCCACAAGGAGUAUUCGAAGAAGAAUCGGGCGUUCGAUGACUGGUUCCAGAAGUAUUCACAGAGGAGGAUGGGUUCAUCGGUUGGCGAGCCCGAUGGUGGGGAGGGAUCAAAUCAAAAGGACCCAGUGGAGGAAAGGAGGUUUAUGGUGGAGUCACUCAAAAGCAAGUUUGAUGAAGAAGUUGAAGCCCACAGAAGGUUGUGCAAGCAGGUGAGAGAGAAAUCACUGAGUAGUCUCAAGACCCACUUGCCAGAGCUUUUCCGAGCUAUGUCGGACUUCGCUAAUGCUUGUUCCAAGAUGUAUGCCAGCUUAAAGAUGAUCACGGAGCAGGAUCCUCCAACUAACUAGCUCCUUAGCAAAUCUGCAGAGGUGUCUUUUUUGUGCAUUUUCGUGUCCUAGUCAUGUUGUGGUUUUCAUUUGCAUGUGGCAUUCAGCCUGGUGAACAGCUUUGUGUUGGAUUAGCUUAAGUUUAUCAGUGCAUGUAUUUAUGUUCCAACUGGGUUGGGUAAAGAAAGCUUGGCAUCCCUCCA